CAACUCAUUGCCCGGGCAAAUUGUUUUCCCCAUAACUUAUCUGUAGCUUGGCAUUGAGUGGCUAUUGUGGCAGUAAAGAUACAUGUAUUACUAUUUUUAUUACAUUUAGAAUGGUUCCCGAGCUCUGCUGGGCAAGCUGCUGUGUGAAGUUAGUCCGAUACUGUAUGUACAUGUGGCUGCCUAUGUACCUUUACCAAGCGCUUAACUAUACUAAGGUCCAGGCAGGUUAUUUGUCAACGGUAUUUGAAAUUGGAGGAGUCCUGGGGACAGCCAUGUUAGGCGUCUUUGUGAAAAGAUUCCUCCAAGGCCGAGCCAUAUAUGGUGUUACCCUGGCUCUAUUUGGCAGUACUCUAUUCAUGGCUUUGUUUCAAUACACGGGUCACAUGGGACUCACGGUCAAUGCGCUCUUCAUGUUCAUGGCUGGAGCGUGUAACUGUGGCGUUGAUCCGUACUUGACUGGAUCAAUCCCUGCCGAGAUUGGAGAGCGAGAGAAUGCACAGGCAGCUGCUUCAGGACUUGUGAACGGUUUUGGCGGAUUAGGUCCCAUAAUUGAAGGUCCCAUCGUAGGGUGGAUCGCGGACGCGUACGGCUGGACAGGGCCCUUUUACCUGAUGGUGGGUAUGUCACUUCUAGGAUCCGUCACUAUGCUGAGAGCGUCCAGGAUCGACCAGUCCAUAAAACAGGCACAGUUCAUGGGGACAAUAACAUCAGAAACUGCGUGAUACUGUUUUGAAGCGGGAACAAGACGAACAAUAGUGUACUGUUUGAAGCUUGAUCAUUUUAAAAGAGAGGCAUUCUCAGACUGAAAUACGAAGGGUUUCAAAAUGCCUGUUAAGCGAAAUUCCGUGCUUAUAGAGUUGAGCUAGAAACGAGUAUCAGUCAGUAAAGAUACGUCCAUGGACAACAGGCAGAUUUGAAUCGGCUGUGGUCGUUUGUUGCCCUGGUUACUGCAGUUCUUCCCGCGCUUUUUCUGGUCACAGAAAAAGCCUUCCAGAUUCCUCCACAAAAGCGCGCUAAAAAGAGCUCUGGUACUCAGGCUACUAAAGGUUUCGUCGGCGCGCUUUCGUGGACUGGUUGCCCGGUGGGGUACUCCCAGAAGCAAUAUGGGUAUGUGCCGCUGUGAAGGGUAUGGUUUUCAGGCAGUUUAGUCUGGGAUGGG